AUGAUGCAAUUCACUGAGAGUGCACCACCCCCAUCAUCACUCUACCUCAAUGAUCCACCCCUGUGCCUCGACCUGACCGCGCCCAGAGCCCCCCUCCACCGCCCCCGGCCGUGGCCCGGCUUCCCGACCUCCGCCAAGUCCCUCGGCAGCUUCAACACCACCGGUUGCAUGGAGCAGCUCCUGGUCCACUGCGCCAACGCCAUCGAGGCCAACGACGCCACCCUCGCCCAGCAGCUCCUGUGGGUCCUCCACAACAUCGCACCCCCCGACGGCGACUCCAACCAGCGCCUCACCGCCGCCUGCCUCCACGCCCUCCUCACCCGCGCCUCCAGGACCGGCUCCUGCAAGAUGCUCGCCGUCGCCGCUGCCCGUGCCGACGCCGACCUUUCCCUCCACACCCACCGCUUCUCCGCCGUCGACCUCGCGAGCUUCGUCGACCUCACUCCAUGGCACCGAUUCGGCUACUCCGCUGCCAACGCAGCCAUCGCCGAAGCCGUUGAAGGUUUCCCCGUCGUCCACAUCGUCGACCUCAGCACGACACACUGUAUGCAGAUCCCCACCCUCAUCGAUUUACUUGCCGGCCGCCCCGAAGGCCCGCCGAUCCUGAGGCUCACCAUCCCAAGCCCCACGACCACCGCCGCCAUGCCGCCGCCGAUCCUAGGCCUCUCUUAUGAUGAACUGGGUGCAAGGCUGGUAAAUUUUGCAAGGUCCAGGAAUGUAGUAAUGGAAUUCAGAGUCAUUCCUUCGAAUUCGGCCGACGCCUUCGAAACCCUAAUCGAACAACUGAGAGUUCAACAGUUGGUCUCUGAAGGCGAGGCCCUCAUCAUCAACUGUCAGAUGAUGCUGCAUUACAUCCCGGAUGAGACCGCCUUCGCAAUCUCCUCCACCAUGAGCAUGGCCUCGAUGAUAUCCCUUCGAGCAAUGUUCCUUAAGGCGCUACGCAGUCUCGAGCCUACCUUGGUUACACUCGUUGAUGAGGACGCCGAUUUCACGGCGAGUGACGUGGUUGGGAGGCUAAGAGCAGCAUUCAAUUAUCUAUGGAUACCAUAUGAUGCAGUGGAUACGUUUCUUCCCAAGGGGAGCGAGCAGCGGCAGUGGUACGAGGCCGGGGUGAGGUGGAAGAUAGAGAACGUUAUCGCCCAUGAGGGCUGGGAGAGGGUGGAGCGGCCGGAGUCCAAGGGGAGGUGGGCGCAGAGGAUGAGAGCGGCGGGGUUUCGAGGGGUGGGGUUCGGUGAGGAGGCGGCGGGGGAGGUGAAGGCGAUGCUCGGCGAGCACUCGGCGGGGUGGGGGAUGAAGAGGGAGGAGGAAGACUUGGUGCUCACUUGGAAGGGGCACAACGUGGUGUUUGCUACUUCUUGGGUGCCUUCAUGAGGAUAUUUGGCUCCAUGGAUCAAGCUUUCUAUCUGUGAUAGAUGGAUCUCCCUCUCUCUCUUUCCAUUCUGAGUGCUGGCAAUUGGUGGGGAGGGCAUGCAUCCCGGCCCGUUUAUCCCAAAUUUCUACUUCGGUUUUUCUUUUUGAGGACAUUUC